UACAACAAGAGAGGGCGCUAGACAAUUCAUGUGGAUCCUCGCGCCUCGCACAGAAAUUUCGUGUACAAAACGCAUCGCUUUGUCAAUGUCAGGUGACUGAAUAGCUCAUUGGUCAAGAUGAAUCCAUAUCAGGGCGGUCCUGGACGACCACCUCAAAUAUACGGAAACACAGCCCAACAGAAUGUGCAUAGCAUUCAGCAGAAAACAAUGCAGCUUAUACAGCCACACCAUAUCCAAUCAGAGGAUCACGAUGACGCCGGCAACCAGCACCAACAAUCCCAGCAGCGGCUCGGCGGACCCUCCCAGUCAGCCAACCCUAGCCUGCUUCAGGUCCCUUCCUCUGGCUAUGGCCUGGGUGAAGGCAGCAUGACCCCUAGCAUGCCGCUCACCACCAGCAUGUACCCACAGACACCACUCACACCUAUGACACCGGCCACCCCUGGGAGCAUGGAGUCAUCAGGGAUAGAACCACAGCUCCAGAAUAUUGUAUCAACAGUGAAUCUUGGUUGCAAACUGGACCUGAAGAAAAUAGCCCUCCAUGCUAGAAAUGCUGAGUACAAUCCAAAGAGAUUUGCAGCUGUCAUUAUGCGGAUCAGAGAGCCUAGGACAACAGCUCUGAUCUUCAGCUCAGGGAAAAUGGUGUGCACGGGGGCAAAGAGUGAGGACUAUUCCAGGCUCGCCGCCAGGAAAUAUGCCAGGGUUGUGCAGAAACUCGGCUUCCCUGCAAAGUUCACGGAGUUCAAGGUUCAGAACAUGGUUGGCAGUUGUGAUGUCAAGUUCCCCAUUAGGUUAGAAGGUCUAGUACUCAAACACAGUCAGUUCUCAAGCUAUGAGCCAGAGUUGUUCCCUGGGCUGAUAUACAGGAUGGUCAAACCAAGAAUAGUCUUGCUGAUAUUUGUCUCCGGGAAGGUGGUACUGACGGGUGCUAAGGUUCGUCAAGAAAUCCUAGAUGCCUUCAACAACAUCUACCCGAUUCUGAAGUCUUUCAAGAAAACGUCAUAGUGUCGUUGACAACGAGCAUCCAGAAGAACUGUGUUGUGCUAGCAAGGUUGCAAUUUUUGUUUUUUUCCAACUUCAUGGACUGAAGCCUGAACAGGGGAUGGUUAGAAAACUUUGAGAGAUUACAGUCUUGAUCAGCUGGAGCAGCAUCCUGAAGAAUUGAUGGCAUGAUACAGGGUGAGUAAAAAAAUUCGACACCCAAAUGUGGGGACCAUUGUCUUAGUGAAGUUCUCCACGUAGCACUUUCAAACUCUAGGAUAUGAAAGCCCAAUUCAUGAA